AACAAGGAAGUAAACUUUGAGUUGUGUGCGUGAGAUAAACAUGCAUUCUAUGUUCCUCAUCGGGUAUUUCUAUAAUUAAGCUCUACAUUAACUGUAUUUUAUGGCCUAAAUCUCCAUUCUUCUGCUGUUAAAAAGAUGUGAGCUGUAGGCCUACUCGAUGAAGUGACGGCGAUAAACCAUGAUCCCAGUUCAGAGUAAAGUUGGGCUGUUCGCUUUCAUUUGCCUUUUAUUGAUUUCGGUCGCUUUGUGUAGACACUCACCAACAGGCACCGUUGAUUAUCAGGGCACUGAGGUGGAGACCCAGAGUUUGAACGGGAAAUGGAUACUGCGCAACAACAACGGUUCAUUAAACCUACCUGCAGAAGUACCAGGAUGCGUCCACACCGCUCUACAGAAGCAAAACUUUAUUCAGGACCCCUACUAUAGGUUCAAUGACCUCGACUACAGAUGGAUUUCGCUAGACAACUGGACAUACAGCCUCACAUUCAAUGUUCCACAUUCAACCAGACGGAUGAAGAGAGUGGUUUUGCUCUUUGAUGGAGUUGACACGGUCUCCACCAUUACCCUUAAUGGAGUCACUAUUGGCACCACGGACAACAUGUUUCGAUCAUAUGAGUUUGAGGUUGGAGGUCUCCUGAAUGCAAAAGACAAUCUUUUAGAGGUGGGGUUUAUGUCAGCAGUGACAUAUGCAUCACAGAGAGACCAAGCCCAUUCUGAAUACAAAGUCCCACCCGCAUGCCCUCCCCCGGUGCAAAAAGGAGAGUGCCAUGUCAACUUCAUCAGAAAGGCUCAGUGCUCCUUCAGCUGGGACUGGGGUCCUUCAUUUCCAACUCAGGGCCUGAGAGGGGUUGAGCUACAGGCCUUUAACUUCAUCAGACUACAGAGCUUCACAGCCAGCACUGCUUGGGAUUCCUCUCUUUCAUGUUGGAAUGUGGAGGUAGAGUUGUUCUUUGAUGUUGCUGUGGCGACCGAUGGGUGUUUCACGUUGUUGCUACCAGAGCUGAAGGUGUUUCAGAAGUUCCAGCUGUCAAUCAAACCUGACCAAACCAGGAAGUCCCUCCACCUUCAGAUUCCUUCAAAUGUCUCAGUUGACUUGUGGUGGCCCAAUGGUCAUGGAGAGCAGACUCAAUAUCUUCUGUUCAUGGAGGGCAGAACUGAAUCACGGGUCACUUUCCACACAGAAACACAGGUGGCAUUCAGAACAGUGGAGCUGGUUCAGGAGCCCAUUCCCUCCUCCCCAGGGUUGAGUUUUUACUUCCGGGUCAAUGGACGGCCGAUCUUCCUGAAGGGUUCCAACUGGAUCCCUGCACACGCCUUUCUGGACCUGGUGACCCCUGAUACCCUGAGAAACCUACUGCAGUCAGCUGUAGAUGCAAACAUGAAUGCACUGAGAGUGUGGGGAGGCGGAGUCUACGAACAAGACACCUUCUACAGCCUGUGUGAUGAGCUAGGCAUUAUGGUAUGGCAAGAUUUUAUGUUCGCCUGCGCUCUGUAUCCCACAGAACAGGACUUCAUUGAGACAGUGAGGGAGGAGGUUGUCCAGCAGGUCAGGCGACUGAAAUCCCACCCAUCUAUCAUUGUUUGGAGUGGCAAUAAUGAAAACGAGGCUGCCAUAGCAACUGACUGGUUCGGAAUCCCUGUUGCUGAGCGACCAAGAUAUGUGAAGGACUAUGUGACUCUCUAUGUGGAAAACAUCCGCACUAUUGUACAAAAGGAGGACAAAACCCGACCCUUCCUGGUCUCAAGCCCCACCAAUGGAGUGGAGUCUGAGAAGGAGGGCUUCGUGGCCCGUAACCCAUACGACCCUCACUAUGGCGACACACAUUUCUACAGCUACUUAAACGACUGCUGGGACUGGAGGCAGUUCCCUCGUACACGAUUCGCCUCAGAGUAUGGUUUUCAGUCCUGGCCUUCUUUGUCAACUCUCAGCACGGUCUCCAAACCUGGUGACUGGAACUACCUCAGCAGUUUCUCAGCACACAGGCAGCACCAUGAGCUGGGAAACACACAGAUGCUGCUGCAGGCAGCGCUGCAUUACAUACUGCCCAACAGCACCGAUGCUCUGAAGCACUACAGGGACACACUCUACAUCACACAGGUGAUGCAGGCCCAGUGUGUGAAGAUGCAGACGGAGUUCUACAGCCGCAGCCGCUCUGAAAUCAUCGAUGGUGAAGGUCACACCAUGGGUGCCCUCUACUGGCAGCUCAAUGACAUCUGGCAGGGGCCAUCUUGGUCCUCAAUCGAGUUUGGUGGGAAGUGGAAGAUGCUGCAUCACUUUGCUGUAGACUUCUUCUCUCCCGUCCAAGCGGUGGGCUUUGAGGAAAACGACACACUCAAGAUCUAUGGCGUCUCAGAUCUCAGCACUGACUUCAACUUCACGGUCACGGUUACAGUCUAUGAGUGGAGCAGUCUGACUCCUGUGUGCACUGAGGUGUCUGACCCGUGUGUGCUGAAGGGGGGUGAGGCCAUGUUGAUGAUGCAAGUUUCUGUUCCCACCCUACUGAGGGACUGUGGGAGAUGUGACCGCCACUCAUGUCUGGUGACCUACGACCUCAAGGACCCUGCUAACCCCAACAAUCAGCACGGUCCUACUGGUCACCUGUUUCUCACCUCACCAAAGGAAGCAGGGCUGCAGCCACCCAACAUCAAAGCCUCCGUGGAGCGUGACGGAGACAUGUUUGCCUUCACCCUUCACUGUGAGGUUGUUGCAGUGUUUGUGUGGUUGGAUGUUGGGGACGUUGCUGGGCGCUUUGAAUCCAAUGGCUUCCUGCUUUUGUCACUGAAACGGACUGUGCGCUUCUUUCCCUGGAGGCCAACCAGCGUUGAGGAGCUGUCCAAAAAACUCUAUAUCACCUCAUUGCGAGAUGUCUAUUGAGUGUGUGUGUGUGUGUGUGUGUGUCUGUCUGUUGCUUUUACUAAAAUGAAUGUUUUUUUUAAAUAAAUAAUACCCAAAAUUGCAAAAUGAGGCUGAUAAGACUGUA